AUGCUGGCUGUGGUGUUGGCUCUUUUGCUAUUAGCAAGCAGAAAAUGUCUGGCGAUGAAGAAUCAGUCAGUCGAAAUCCAAGGAAGAUUUCGUUGCGGUGAGGAUGUUCCCAGAAAUGCAACAAUUGAGCUGUGGAACGAGAAUCUGCCUCUGCUCACAUUUAUCUCGCAUUACAUUUUAAAUGAAGAGACUAAGUUUCCUGACAACAAGCUGGACACAACGCAUCCGGAUGACCUCGGUAAUUUCACGAUCAGAGCAACCAGUACGAAAAUUUUCGGUCUUUCACUCUAUUUGGUAGUUUACCACCAGUGCGAUGGUGUCCACUACAGCGACAGUCAAAACAGGAAGGAGGUUGUUGUUUUCGCUUACAUGAAAGAAAUAUUCAUUUGCGUAAUGUAA